AAACUUUGUUGGCAAUGACCCGGUAUUCGCAUCACAACGUCACUCCUGCAUGACAUGUGUGUGGCCAUUUAAGCUUUCUGGGCGCAAGAUAAAAGAUACCUUUUUAGCUAUUCUGUUAAAAGUGACAAAAUGCCCAAGAAAGUGAAGGAAGAAGCAGAGUGGGUGGAUGAUGAGGUCGCCCCAGCUGCCGCAGAAAAAACAGUGAAAAAGGGGAAGAAAGAUAAAAAGGGGAAAAAAAGCUUCUUUGAGGAACUCGCUACAGAUGGCAAACCUGAAAAGGCUGACGACGUAGCUGUGAAGGAGACGCAAGGAAAGCAGCCUCCGAAAAAGAAAAAAGACAGACGGAAAGGGAAAGGCGGGAAUGCAGAUGGGGAUGAUGAUGAGGAUGUCAUGCUGUCACUGAAAAAGCUCUCAGUGCAAGCAAGUGAUGAGGAUAAUGAGGCUGAUGAGGAAGUCGUUGUCCCCAGUAAAGGAAACAAGAAAAAGGGUGGGAACAUCUUUGCUGCUCUCAGCCAAAGCCAGAGUGGUGAGGAUGAGGACGAGGAUUUGGAUGAAGAAGAAAAACCUGCUAAAAAGGAAGUUGAGAGAGGCAAGAAAAAAGAUAAAGCUAAGCCCAAGAAGGUGAAGGCACAGACUGAUGAGGAGGGUGAUGAAGAGAUGGAUGUUGGUGAAGAGAAACUUACAAAGAAGACCAAGAAACCUGAAGUCAAGUCCGCGUCUCCAGAAAAUGAUGACGAUGAGAAGCCAAAGAAGGGGAAGAAAGAGCAACCCAAGAAAGGAAAACCUGCUGAGCGAUCACGCAGUAGAGAUGAAGAUGAAGAAGAAGAAGAGGAGGGUGACAGUGACGCAGGAGACACGAUGAUGAGUGCUGAGGAUGUCAUCGCACAACAAGCCAAGCAGCAGGAGGACGACCCCUACGCUAAUCUGAGCAAGAAGGAGAAGAAGAAGAAGAAAAAAAUGAUGGAGUAUGAGCGUCAGGUAGCCAGUGUUCGUGCCCAGAACGCCUUGGAGGGAGACUUCUCAAUUUCCCAGGCUGAGAUGUCAUCGAGACAGGCCAUGCUGGAGAACGCCUCUGAUAUCAAGCUGGAGAGGUUCAGCAUAUCUGCUCAUGGCAAAGAGCUUUUUGUCAACGCUGACCUUCUGAUCGUGGCAGGAAGAAGAUAUGGUUUGGUUGGACCAAAUGGCAAAGGAAAGACCACAUUACUGAAACACAUAGCCAACCGAGCUCUAAGUAUUCCCCCCAACAUUGAUGUGCUGCUGUGUGAACAGGAGGUGGUAGCCGAUGACACGCCAGCGGUACAGGCGGUGCUGAAGGCGGACACCCGUCGCCUGAAGCUUCUGGAGGAGGAGAAACAGCUGCAGGCUCUUCUAGAGAAGGGAGAGGAUAGUGUGGCUGAGAGGCUGGACAAAGUCUAUGAAGAACUAAGGGCUAUUGGAGCUGCAGCAGCUGAGGCCAAGGCCAGAAGGAUCCUUGCUGGUCUGUCAUUUACCCCUGAGAUGCAGAACAGACCAACCAAGAGGUUCUCUGGAGGAUGGAGAAUGAGAGUUUCUCUGGCCAGAGCCCUGUUCAUGGAACCCACUCUUCUGAUGUUGGAUGAACCAACCAAUCACCUUGACCUGAACGCUGUCAUCUGGCUUAACAACUACCUUCAAGGCUGGAAGAAGACUCUGCUGAUAGUUUCCCAUGACCAGAGUUUCCUUGAUGAUGUGUGUACUGAUAUCAUCCACUUAGACAACCAGAAACUCUACUAUUACAGAGGGAACUACUUGACUUUUAAGAAGAUGUACGUGCAGAAGCAGAAGGAACUGCAGAAACAAUACGACAAACAAGAGAAGAAGCUCAAAGAUUUGAAGGCUGGCGGCAAGUCCACCAAACAGGCUGAGAAGCAGACUAAAGACGCCCUAACCAGAAAGCAGCAGAAAGGGAAGAAGAAGGGAGGUCAGGAGGAGGAGAGCCAGGAGGCCACGGAGCUGCUGAAGAGGCCAAAAGAGUACACCGUCAAGUUCACCUUCCCCAACCCUCCUCCUCUCUCACCACCCAUACUGGGACUACAUAGUGUUGACUUUGCCUAUGAUCCGCAGAAGCCCCUUUUCAAAAAUGUGGACUUUGGCAUUGACAUGGAAUCCAGAAUUUGUAUAGUGGGACCCAAUGGUGUUGGAAAGAGUACCCUGCUGCUGCUGCUUACUGGGAAAAUAAAUCCUACUAAAGGUGAGAUGAGGAAAAAUCAUCGUUUGAAAGUGGGCUUCUUCAACCAGCAGUAUGCUGAUCAGUUGAACAUGGAGGAGACGGCCACAGAGUACCUGAUGAGGAACUUCAACCUUCCCUACCAGGAUGGAAGGAAGUGCCUGGGACGUUUUGGCCUUGAGAGCCAUGCCCAUACCAUUCAGAUCUCCAAACUCUCUGGCGGUCAGAAAGCCAGAGUAGUGUUUGCAGAGCUGGCCUGUCGUCAGCCUGAUGUGUUGAUCUUGGAUGAACCCACCAACAAUUUGGACAUUGAGUCAAUCGAUGCUUUGUCAGAGGCCAUCAAUGAGUACAAAGGAGCUGUUAUCAUUGUGAGUCACGACGCUCGGCUGAUCACAGAAACUCAGUGCCACCUAUGGGUUGUGGAGGAUAGAACUAUCAACCAGAUUGAUGGAGACUUUGACGACUACAAGAGAGAGGUGCUUGAGUCCUUGGGAGAGACCAUGAUCAACAAGGUCAAUCCAUGAAUACACAGUUGCUUCCAGGGCCAGACAUCCCAUGCUAGCUGCACUCCGCUUGGACUGGUUGGCAGGUCUUACAGUAACACCCAUAAAAAUGUUGGAUUUGUUGGGGGUUUAAGAUAACAGAGUGUUAAUCAUGGCAUCACUUUCUACAACUGUGGAGUAGGAUGAAAUGUCUUGAAAAAUGACUAAAACUCAAUAAAAUCAAUACAUUUUCA